UCCCGGACGCUGGGGGCGCUGAGAGGCGCCCGGCCCGACGACGUGACGCCCUUCCAGGCCUCGGCUACCUCAGCGCGCCCAGGGAGCCAUGGCCGCCGCCCUUGCCGUAGGUUCCCAGCUCCGGGCGCGACUCUCGCUGUGCCGUCCGCUUGCAAAGCUACUAUGGAUUCCGCGGCGGUGGCACCGGCUCUCGCCAGCAGACGACGAGCUUUACCAGCGGACGCGUAUCUCUCUGGUGCAGCGCGAAUUCCCGCACUCCAUGUACAUCGACAGCUACAGCAGCUGGGGCUUCAUGGUCAACGGAAACCGCGUGCUGGGACCGUGCGCACUCCUCCCGCACUCCAUGCUGCAGUGGAACGUGGGAUCCCACCUGGACAUCACCGAGGAGAGCUUCUCCCUCUUCUGGAUGCUGGAGCCCAGGAUAGAGAUCGUUGUGGUGGGCACUGGCAACAGGACCGAGAGGCUGCACUCCCUGCUAUUGCAGGCCAUGAGGCGGCGAGGCAUUGCUGUGGAAGUGCAGGAUACGCCCAAUGCCUGUGCCACCUUCAACUUCCUGUGUCAUGAAGGCCGAGUGACAGGAGCUGCUCUCAUCCCCCCACCUGGAGAGACGUCACUGACUUAUCCCACUCAAGCUGCAGAAUGAACCACCAGGAACCUACCCACGGUCUCGGAGGCAGGGGGCUGGCAGAGUGCUGGCACUCCCAGGGCCUAAUAACCUCCCCCACGGGCACACUGUAACAUCAGCUUACCAGGAUAGUAAUUUAUAUACCUGUCUUCCUUCGUA